UACAUUACCUUCCGUCGUCAUUCUCGCCGGAGACUCUGUCGAUUGCGGGUCCACCGUAUAAUUUUUGAACGAGGGUGCGCGUUGUGCUUUGUUAGUUCUCAUCCACACUCUACUGGUUGGAUUAGAAAGGACUUUAUUUCCCGGUUUAAGACCAGAAGAUGCUAAACUAGAUCAUUUUGUGGAUUUUUUGGAACUUCGAUGCGGUGCUCGGUGCAUGUGGAGUGAUGAAUCCUUCCAAGUUUUCCUAGUCGAAAAUUGGCAAGUGAGUUUGAUUGUGUUUGACCAAGCGAAAAGUCCUACUGAGGGCCCAGUUCUGUGUCACCAGCGGAGGAUUCAAUUGUGCGCCUGUUUGUCGUUGGCAGUAUCCUGACAGUACUAGUAAAAAAGUGGUAUUCAGAAAGGAAUGUAGCUGCGACCAGCAGAGGAAGUUAGUUUUUUUCCUGAAAAUGGAAGAAGAAUAGAAUAAAUGUGCUGCAUUCAGAUUUAUUCCUCUCAGAGGUAAUUUGCUGGAGCUCGAAGUCGAAGGUGAAAGAUUUAUGUUGGAGUGACUUGUGUCAAGUGAACAAAAAGUUAGAAUCGAGAAGGUUUUUGCAGAAGGCAAACCUUCCCGUAUCAUCCGGUACAUGAAGUGGGAUCCUUUCUUUUCUGGUUUUUCUCGUUUGUGUGUAGAAAAACAUAAGUACGGAAGGAUGGGAAUAAAAUGAAUAAAUUCUGUCUACCGAAGACAGCAAAGUGAUAUAAAUUAGAUUGAAGAUAUAUGUACAUUACAGCCGCUGUUUCACCCGCCAAGUCAGGUCGCUGUAUUGUAUUCUUGAUGGGCUAAUCCAAAAAUCCUUUGGAAAGCCAGGAUUUCAGCAAUUUAUAGCUUGUGUAUAACGUACAGGAUUAACUGAAGUGGAAACCUUGCUUUGUUCUGUGUUGCUGCUUAUUAUGACUACAGUAUAAAUUACAUCAGUUGACAGUCUAAAAGUCAUCGAAUAAUUGUGAUGUUAAGAUUGAAAAAUUUAGGAAUAUAGUGAAAACGUGAAAUUCAUAGGGACAGUAUAAACAGUGCAUAGAUGUGAACAUACAAAUAUCAGCCAUCAAAGGGUUCUAAAAUAAAAAAAUCAUAAAUUCAACGUUAUUGAUCCGACUCGUUAUGUGCAGAGUGUAAUAAUAAUAAAUGUUGAAACCCUAAACGAGGUGUUGUGCAUCAGUGUAUGUGUAUAUGUGUUUUUGUGAUCAGUGCAGAGUUCUUUUCUUCCGACAGUAAUUCAACAAAAGAUCAAAACCUUCAAUAUUUCAUGCUUUGUAGAGUAUAAGGUAAAGGAUUCCAUCGCAUUAGACGGUUUCAGUUGCAAAUUCAAGAUGGCACACCUUCAGAGGCACCGGCUGGAGUCGGUCAGUGACAACAGUGCUCCUUCCACCUCGAGCAAAUCGGACAGUUCUGACGGCUCCGCAUCGGAAAUCUGUGAGGUUAUUCAGGAGUGGUCAUUAGACCCCGAGUCUCAAUCCAUUCCCAGUCAGAACAGCAGUGGAAGUAGUUCAAGUGGCAGUAGCCAUCAUCACCAUCACCACCAUCAUCAUCAUCACCGCCACAGUCAACAGCAACAACAACAACAGCAACAACAACUAGCCGCAAUGAAUGGCAACUACAUCAAUGAGGAUGACACAGCGUUGGACUACGAUGCCAAGCACGAUUUGAUCAGUCUGGACAAUGGCAUGAUAACCGAUUUUGAGCGGGCCCAAGUGGAGAGCUUCUUCAGCGGACUCGGUACCGAGGUUUACGUCAGUACAUCACUCGCCAACCUCUAUGAAAGCAUCGGCAAAGACGACUGGCGCUUGGUUUACACCGGCAUUCCGGUAUUGCUGCACGAUAAGGGAUGCACCCGUUCCCGAUGCACUCCAAGGGUAAGCUUCGUGCUUGCCGAAAGGGGCACCUGCUUUGCCCUAUGGAAGGACACAAUCGACAACCUGUCGGACUACAAGGUGGCUGCAGCCGCCUUUCACACAAUGUGUCUCUCAGCAGACCACCGUAAAGUGAUUGGUUUCAGCUUCGACUCGAAUCAGGCCGCCCGAGAAAUGUGGGUGCGCGUCGAGGAGCUGAUCAGCAAUCCGGAGAACAUUGCCCUCUCGGCACCCGGCCGUAAACGCAAAUCCAAGAAAGUCACCAAACCCAUCGUUCUACCGCCAAAGUCACAAAUCUCGCAGCCCUGUCAGUUUCAUCACGUGACCAGUGUUACUACUGGUGACGUGCAGCGGUAUUUUAGCCUGCAGGCCUUCGUGGCACCACCGGUCAAGCAUCGAAUGCCGUAGCCAAACCCUGGUGCCAGCCGAGGAAGGGCGGGCCAGACCCAUGGUUUUUAAUCAAUUUUCAUUUCAUCAUUAUUUGUGGACAAUUAACAUCGAAUCGGCAAAGAGGGGCAAUAUUGCGGCCAGAAAGGUGUGGAUAACGAGCCACGGAGAGUUUUUUAUAUUUCUUCAUCAUAUUUAUCCAUAAUAUUUGUGGGUCAAUUUGAGCAUUGUAAGGCGAAGUACUGCAUGACCCCCGUUAAGUGUGGAGUGCGCGAAACAAAUUUUCAUCAAUUGUGUACCUAUUUUGGCAGUUGCUGGUGAAUGUGGGUAACAACUACGCUUGUGUUGAUUCGAUAAUUGUCGUCGUUAUGAGUCGAGAUCCCACAGAUCUGAAAGCGGUUUGUGCUGUCGAACAAAAAAAAAAAAAAACAAAAUUUGCAUAAUGGAAAUGGCUGUCAAUGCAAAGCUUUCCACGUUUCUUCGGUGGAGUUUUUUUUUUUUUUCAACCGAGAUUGAACUUUAAUGAAUGAUGUCUGCCUGGUUUGAAUUUUUUGGAUAAUACUGUAACAUAAAGAGUUACUGCUCAAAUUUAAAUUAUAAUUCUGAGAUUCAAAACCGCACGCUACCAUUCACAUCACGGUAAUCACUCGAGAAACAAUUAUUUCCAACGAAACUUCAACAUUAUUUCAAAUGAGCAAAGGUUUUUUUCACGUUGUAAAAAAAAUACAAAAACUUGAAAUUGAAUUGCAUACUGAUUUUAUAAAUUCGAACAUGACAGUUUUCGGUUUACGGUGUUGUGCAAAUUUUUCCGUCACCGUAAUUUGGCUGCCAGUGUCGGUUAUCAUGUGGCUACUAUUACAAUCACACCCUUCAACAAAUCUGCAUCCAACUCGCCGUCAAUAUUGAAUCGCUGGUUGCCUCUAUUACCAAACGAGGCAACAAUAACCUGUUUCACGGGUUAAUCAGGCAUUAUCUCGAAUCCAGAGUGAAGCAGCAUCCAUUUGGUGCAUCGGUUUAAACGGUAGUUACAUGGUGCAUCCGAUUCGACUACAGAGUCAGUAAUAACCCACGAAAAUCCACAUUCAGCUUAUCAUUUUAUCAUUUUAUUUUUGUUGAACGUCACGCUGGUUUUCGCUAAUGUUGAUCGAUAUGUAAUUAUCUCUGGAACCACGGAACCGAUAUAAUCUGUAUCGAUUGUGUUAAACCUGUUUUCCAGCCGGGCUGAACCCGACAGUGGAACAUAAAUUCAAAAUGCCGACCUCAACCCAUAUAAAUUUAAAACUGGCUUCGAAUUUGAGCAACAACACGUUAAUAAUUCAAUUUAUUUAACGCAGCAAGUAUAUUCCUUUCUGCGGAGCCCAUAACCCGUGCAUCCUUGUCCUCCCUUUGGUACAUGAUUGGUUACCAUGCCACGCAGCGCUGUCAAAAUUCCGAGUAAUUAACUUACCGAUAUGAAAUAUGUAUGAUUGCCUCCUGCUGCUGGUUGUUGGAUUACGAAAUUAAGGCUGAGAGUUCCGCCGAAGCUUUGCGCAAUUAAUAUUACCGAUGUUUAUUACUUUCGUUGCAGCAACCAACCAAUAGGAGCAAUAAGCUUUCGUAUAAUGUCACACUUAUGAAUGAACUGAUUUGCGUUUUAGGUCAAUGUGGUAACAACCCUUGGUGAAAGUAAGAACAGAAUUAACCUGAACAUGAUUGCUAAUUAGUUGUACAAUGUACAUACUGUGUCUGUGAUAAAUUGAUCAGUCCGCGAACCUAACGAAAAGUUUCAACAAGUAAACAAAGCAGAUGUUAGAUGUUGGUAGGAGAGUUAAUUAAUCACACGAACGAACGAACAAACGAACGAGCAGCAAUACGCACAGAUCUACAAGAUCUCGAUUGAUUCUCUUGAAUGAAAUCGAUUGCCACCAGGCCUCAUGUUUGUCUAUAAUUGAGAUAGCUCAUAGUUAUAGCUUUUUAUAGAUUAUUAUCCAACCACUUUCAUCUCAUAAUAAACUAGUUGUCAUCAGGGUUUUAGAGAAAACUAUCAAGAAACCCAACACCCAGCACACAAAGGAAAUUAUUUAUUGAAAACCACUAUUUUUCACAGAACGUAACCUUCCAUCACAGAUACAAAGUUCGUACUGCGCACACAUGUAUUUGCCCUCACAAUGUUUCCAGGAAACUAGAACAAGCAGGUUCUAGAAAGCGACACGAACUAAAUUGUUGUUUGGGCACUGAAUUGCAUCUUCCCUCGAAGUUGUUUAAAGUUUUACCUGUUAGCCAAGUUAGCAGCGUAUGCACUAAGCGCGAGAAGAAAGAAAGGAGUAGAUUACUUCUUCUUAUGCUUUUCCAUUAUGACUCUGUAAAUAUAUUUCUGUAUGCAUGUAAGUUCAAACGUUGAAAUAAAACACUGUGCUAAUUUUAA